AUGCAGGCGCUCCUCAGCUCUACCGCCAUGGCCGACACCGGUGCCCACAUGACUUGCGUUCGGUCGCUGCGAGCCACCGACAAGACCGACAUCGACCGGUCAUCGCUGGUGCACGCGCCCGUGGCCACCGAAGCGCCGUCGACAACGAGUCCGGCGCUGCAUAUUGCCAUGCGCAAGGGCUACACCGAUGCGAUCGCGCUCCUCUUGCUGGCUGGCGCCGACCCCAAUGUCCUGGACACCAACGGGUGGACACCCUUGUACAUGGGCGCGGCCAACCCCCGGCGUUAUGCAGCACUAAAGCUGCUCUUGGAAUUUAGCGCCAACGUGCACCUGCUCCAGAAUGGCGAGACGGUGCUCCACCGAGCGACAAAGGCCGGCCACGCGACGCUCGUCGAGCUCUUCUUGCAGUUUGGCAGCUGCCCCAACAUGCUCGACAAGGCGUGGGAGACACCUCUGCACAUCGCUGCACGCAAGCAAGAACACGGCGUGGUGUCCCUCUUACUGCAAUACGGCGCCAACGCCAACGUCUUCGACAGCUCGGGCACGCCACUGCUUUUGCAGGCCAUUGCCACUGGCAACGACGUCCUGGCCCGUCUCCUGCUCGACGGCGGAACCUCCGAGACGCCCAUGCACGCGGCGGUGGCGUCGUCCCAGCACCUCCUGGUGCGAAAGAUGCUGCAGCAGCACGGCGGCAAUGCCAACCUGCGCAACAACAAAGGGUCCAUCGGCUUCUCCAGCCUCGAGCUCGCGCUGCAGCGACAUGACAUUGCGAUGGUCCAUGUCCUGUUGGCGACCGACACCAUUUCCAUCGAGACGCGCCUUCGGUCGCUGCGUAUGGCCAUCGAACUGCACUCUGUCGUCCUCGCCCGGCUCGUGCUUGCCAACCACGCGCGCCUUUGCACCAAGGCUGGACACACGGCGCUGCACAUGGCCGCACUCUGCGGCGGCGACGUGGCCAUGACGACGAUGCUGCGGGAAAUGGGCACCCCCCUCAACGCCCCCGACAAGAUGGGGUGUACCCCGCUGGCGUACGUGGCCCAGCGACGUCAUGUGGCGCUUUUCAAGCACCUCGCGACGACCGGCGCCGUCAUUUUAUCGUGGACGAGCAUUGCCCACGACACGUAUUGCAACACGCUCUGGCCGUGGCUACUAGAGUGCUCCCGCCACAGCUUGACGGGUCUCUUGGAUGCUGUCGCUCCGCUGCUCGAGAACACGCCUUUGAUCCCCAUCCUCGCCGUGCUCUUGGACAAUGCCUUUAUCAGUGCGAGUCUCGCCGUGGUGGAGCUCUGUCUGCACGCGCCAUUGUCGCGUCGCCGCGAGAUUGUGGACGUACUGUACACGUGGGCUAUCGAGCAGCGCCAUGGAUACCUCGUCAAAUGCUUUGCCGAUCUGCGGACAUUCUAA